CAUGAAUCGUUUCAGAUUCUGAUCAUAUAACUUCAAGUCUUAGUUGUAUCCCGAUUCGUUCUCAAUGGCGUCUUCAAAUUCGCUCAUGGACAACUUGUUCCAGCGAAGCCUCGAGGAUCUGAUCAAAGGUCUUCGUCUCCAGCUACUCGGAGAAUCCUUUUUCAUUUCUAAAUCCUUAGAAGAAAUCCGCCGCGAAAUCAAAUCAACCGAUCUCUCCACUAAAUCCAUCGCGCUUCAGAAACUCUCCUACCUCGCCGCACUCCACGGCGUCGAUAUGUCUUGGGCAGCGUUUCACGCCGUCGAGGUCGUGUCCUCGUCUCGAUUUUCGGAUAAGAGAAUCGGCUACCACGCCAUUACUCAGUCAUUUAACGAUCAGACUCCGGUUCUGCUUCUGAUCACAAACCAGCUCCGGAAAGAUUUGAAUAGUUCGAAUGAAUACGAGGUGAGUCUAGCUCUGGAAUGUUUGUCUAGGAUUGGAACUGAUGAUCUAGCUAGGGAUUUAACCUCUGAGGUUUUUACGCUCUUAGGUAGUAGUAAGGUUUUGGUUAGGAAGAAAGCUAUUGGUGUGGUUUUGAGGGUUUUCGAUAAGUACCCCGAUGCUGUUAAGGUAUGUUUUAAGCGCCUUGUCGAGAAUCUGGAGAGCUCUGAUCCGCAGAUUCUGUCAGCUGUGGUUGGAGUGUUCUGUGAACUCACCACAAAAGAGCCAAGAUCUUAUCUUCCUUUAGCUCCUGAAUUUUACAAAAUUUUGGUUGAUUCGAGGAACAAUUGGGAUCUGAUCAAGGUUCUUAAAAUAUUUGCUAAGUUGGCUUUGGUUGAGCCUAGGUUGGCUAAGAAGGUGGCUGAUCCAAUCUGUGAACUUAUGAGGAGGACUGUGGGAAAGUCUUUGUUGUUUGAGUGUAUUAGAACCGUGGUGAGUAGCUUGAGCGAUCAGGAAACAGCUUUGAAACUUGCUGUUGCAAAGAUUCGGGAGUUUCUUGUGGACGAUGAUCGUAAUCUUAAGUACCUCGGUCUUCAUGCCUUGUCGAUUGCUGCUCCAAAGCAUUUGUGGGCAGUUUUGGAGAACAAAGAAGCUGUCGUCAAGGCUCUGAGUGAUGAGGAUCCAAAUGUUAAACUCGAGGCUUUGCAUCUUUUAAUGUCAAUGGUGAAUGAAGAUAAUGUGUCUGAGAUUUCUCGGAUUCUUAUGAAUUAUGCUCUUAAGUCUGACCCUUUUUUUUGCAACGAGAUUAUAGCUUCUAUUCUACUGGCAUGCUCCCGGAACUCAUAUGAGAUCAUAGUUGACUUUGAUUGGUAUUUGUCUCUUCUUGGUGAAAUGGCUAGAAUCCCACAUUGUCAAAGAGGGCAAGAAAUUGGGCAUCAGUUGAUUGAUAUUGGUACGAGGGUCAAAGAUGCUAGACUGGAGCUAGUUCGUGUUUCUCGAGCGCUGCUUAUUGAUCCUGCAUUGCUUGGUAAUCAGUUCUUGCAUCCGAUAUUGUCUGCUGCUUCUUGGGCUUCAGGGGAAUAUGUCGAGUUCUCUAAGACCCCUUAUGAAAUUGCAGAGGCGCUUCUGCAACCACGUACUUCUCUCUUAGCACCUUCAGUUAGAGCAAUCUACAUACAUUCUACUUUCAAAGUUCUUGUCUUCAGUCUCGCGGUGUACUUCUCAGCCCAGGAGCCCAUUUCUUCUCCCUUGGUUGAGGAGUCUACUAGCUCUGGCUCUUCACCGGUGAAUGGUAUCACACACAAAUCUAUAUCUAGUCUGGUGAAUAUGAUUGAGAUUGGGCUGUGCUCGUUAUCUGGGACCCUAGAUGUUGAAGUGCAGGAGAGAGCUAAGAACGUUUUAGGAUUCAUCGGUAUGAUAAAACACAAAAUAGCUGAGAAAGUAACCACUCAAGAGAGUGAAACAGAGGCUUCUAGAGCUGUAGCAUUCAUGGAAGAUGUUUUCUCAGAAGAGCUUGGCCCUGUUACUUCAACUGCACAGGAAAAAGUUCCCUUACCAGAUGGGUUAGAGCUGAAAGAGAGUCUUGAAGAUCUGCAAGAGUUUUGCGGAGAAUUUCUCAAACCAGUUGUGGACUCAAAUUCAAAUUCCAAUUCGUUCUCUUCCUCAGAAAAUAUCAGCUUCUCUGUUGCUAAACUUAGAAUCAGUGAUCAAAAAGAAGCCUCAUCAUCUUCAUCUCAUCCGCCUGAAUCUGCAUCCUUACUUGCGGAACACAGAAAACGACAUGGCCUGUACUACCUCUCCUCUCAGAAGAAUGAUGACCACAAUGAUAACAAUGGCGACAACAACAACACGCUAAACGAAUACCCGCCAGCAAAUGAGAUAUCCGUGGACUCAUUUAACACCAAGAAAAAGAUGAACCAAUCAAAACAGAGACCUGUAGUGGUGCAACUGGACGAAGGAGAUGGAUUAAAGACAAAACCAGAUGCUAGUAAUAAUGAUGAACCUCUUUCUCGUGCGAUCCAGACCGCUCUAAUGGGGAAAGGAAAGGAGAAGGAAAGAGAAAAAGAUAACCACGAGAGAGAUCUUGAUUCAAGGAUUAAAGGACGUAGCUCGGGAAGAGAGAAGAAAACGAAGAAGAAAAACGGGGAGAAAAGUAGUAAGCACAGAUCACGACGACGAUCAGACAAAGAAUCAAGUGCAGCGGAACCAGUCGAAAUCCCAGAUUUUCUCUUGUGAAUACUAGCUGGAGUUUGUGUCUCAGACCAGACAAAAUGGUGUGUUCUUUUGUACUGUGAUUUUCAUGUAUCCAUAUUGAUUCGUUUGUGUUUAUGAAAUAUAUAUUCUUUUUAUUA